CUGACCCUCUUCCUGCCGUGGAAGUGAAAAGGCUGAAAACGCCGAGUGUGUGGCGACAGAGGCUGUGGGCCGCGACACCCCAUCCCGUGGCCCGUGGGCUCUUAUACGGCGCGGUGCGCUCUUACGGUUCUCGGGGCGUCGAGGCGCGCGGGGAGGAGGGGGGGGGGGACUGAGCAUUAGCGUUGGCAGAGAACGGACAACGGUCCGGACUGUUAUCAGCCUCUCGCAACCGACCGCGCUGCUUCUGAUCAACCCAAGAACGCUUUCCAAUCGUCACAUUAUCUCGCAUAUCUCGUGGCGCGGCGCCGACAGGUGUAGGAGAGGCGGCGCCGACAAGUGACGCAGCAUGACCUAACGCCCCGGGAGACACUCGGGCUCGGGCGCCAGGCCGGCCAGGCCCUCGAGACCAAGCUCUGCACAGACUUAUCAUCAUAUACGUAUGGAGAUGGCGGAGAUGGGGAAGAAGAUGAACCCAGAUUCCGUGGAGCGGCGGGGCGGGGCGGGGCGGGGUCGGCACGGUGGCUGCGCACGCUGCGCGGUCCCGUGCUGCACGGCCGUGCGUGACACGGCCCCCGCAGUCGAGUCCUCGGCCGCGUCGCCCACGGUCGUGCCCUUGUCCCUGGAGCCCAGCGGAGGAGCGUGCGCGUGGCGGUGCAGUGCGUCAUGUAGCCUCCCUGAGCGCCCCGCAAGCAAGGCGAGCAGCCGCACGCGAUCAUGACCAUAUCGUCGAUUCUCGGUUUUCGCGGGGUGACGACGACCACCAUCUCCCCUACGGCGAGUCUAGGCCACCGGACUCCGUCCUUCAACAACGCGCAGCACCGCGGUGACAUCUGGAUCCACUCGGACGGGUGGAAAGGAGGCAAGAAAGGGGACAGCGCCGCGCUCUCGGCUCUCACCUUGUUGGCUUUCCUCUUUUUUCUCCACAUCCUACAGAGCUGCCUGCAGGACAUGCAGGACAACAACCAGCCCACCAUCGUGGUGGCCAACAGCGCGCGGCGGGAGGAGGUGCCGACCAUGGUGGCCGUGCCCAUCGAGACCCCCAUGCCCAUGCCGAUGCCCAUGCCCAUGCCCGCGCCCAUGCAGCCCAUGCAAGCCGCGCGGGCCAAGCGCAGUGUUCCGGUCGAGGAGCAGGCUCGGCACCUACAGCGCGUCCAGCAGCAGCAGCAGCAGCACGCCAAGCACAGCGAGGAGGGCUGGGAGAUAGUGUCCGUGUCCAGCAGCAAGCAGCGCUUCAGGCCGCAGCCAGCGCGCAAGGGUCAGGCACCAGAGGCGGCGCCCGGCGCCCCCGCGGUGGAGGUGGGGCUGUCACCACGCAUCACCACCUCCUCCUCCCCGCUGUCCGUCGUCCAGGACGAGGAGGACGAUGACUCUCUGCACGAGCCGGUCGUGUCCAUCACGCCGACGCCCCCGCGACCCCAGGGCAGUCGCGUGGAGGGGCCGGCCAUGGUGAGGGUCAGCACCAGCUCCAGCAGCACGGAGGCGGACGGCGAGUACGAGGACGGGAGCGUCUCGUCGGCAGAGGGCGGCGACGAGGACGCGAGCGUCACGAGGUCGUCCGAGGUCGUCGCCAACAAGCAGGAGGAGUACGAGCUGCGAGCCACAACGGAGCGCAUCGAGACGGCCACCGUACCCGUGGCGAACGUCCCCGUCGCCGUCCCCGUGGCCAUGCUGCGGCCCAGCAUCACCUUCGUGCCGCUCGCCUCCAACUUCAGGGGCGUCUUCAGCAUGCUGGCGGCACCGCUGCUGCGGAUGGUGCAGCCGGGGGGCGGCCCUGGGGGCGGCCCACUGGGGGGAGGGCUGCUGGGCUCCAGCCUGGGGGCGGCGCUCGGCGCCGGCCUGGGCCAGGGGCUGCGCGAGGGGCUGCGGGCGGCCAUGUGCUGCGACCUGGUGGUGUGCGAGGCCCACCGCCUGGGCAGCAUCGGGGGCGCCAUCGGGGAGAGGGUGGCUACGACAGUGAGCACGGUGGUGCGGUGGGUGUGCGGCCAGUCCGAGAACGAGAUCCGCGAGAUCCUGGAGGCAGCGCAGCGGGGACGCGCCGAGGGCGGCGACGGCUGCCGCCACCACAUCGAGCAGUGCGAGCGGCGCGCCGGCCGGCGCACCCCGGUGUCCACCAUCGCCGCCCUGCUCGAGGCCUACGUCACCGGCGGCAGGCCAUGACCGCGCUGCGAGGAUAUCGCCAGGGUGGGAUGAGUUUCAGGCCUCAAAGACUGCGAGUGCUAUGUGCGCUUGCCACUCUUGAGACUGUGUACGCCGAGAAGGUGUGGCAUUCAAAGGGCAUCAGUCUUACAAGGGCUCGUCCAAACACCUCCUCCGUUAGCGGCGAAGAAGUGCGACAGCAGAGGAAAUGUGUGCAGUAUCCGGCAGUAUCUGUGCCGAGGUGAACGCCAAAAGCAUCCACCCCCGCCACUUUCAAGUGUUAGUAAACCGCCUUUUUACCGUUUCGCGUGGCCGGUGGAGCACCACUUUGAGUCCAUCCCCAGUGAGUUAGCGUCCUGCCAACUGUCAGCCCGGCCCCGUCUGUGCAGAUCCAUCCCCCUACCCCCUCACCUUUCAAUCGCCUCCACGAUCGUGCCGAUCCCCGCUGAUAGGCUAUCCCGAUCGCAAUUUAACAGCGAUCGUUAUGGCUGAGUUAUUUGAAGGC